AUUUGUUUGCUUUAGUGUCUUAGUGCUCUGUUUUUAUAGUUAUCAAAAACAGAACACAAGAAAAAAAGUGAAAACUAUGUCGAUUAUUCUGUAUUUCGUUUCGUUUUUACUUUUCUCGUUAAUAUUCGUGAAGAAAAUCAAAGACUCCAAACAAAAUCUUCCUCCAAGCCCACCAAAGCUUCCGAUCAUCGGAAACCUACACCAGCUUCGAGGGUUGUUUCACAGAUCUCUUCAUAAUCUCUCCAAGAAACAUGGACCCGUGUUGCAUCUCCGUCUUGGUUCUCUCCAAAUGGUUGUGAUCUCAUCAAGUGAAGCAGCUGAAGAAGUUUUAAAAACCCAUGACCUUGAGUGUUGUACACGACCUGUCACUAUCGCCUCAACGGUUUUGUCACGUAAUGGUAAUGACAUCGGCUUUAGCGAGGACUGGAGAGAGCUGCGUAAGCUUGCGGUUCGUGAGUUUUUCAGUGUGACAAAGGUUCGGUUUUUCAGGUAUGUUAGAGAGGAAGAGAGUGACUUGAUGGUCAAGCAACUGAGAGAAUCGGCUUUGAAGCCAUCUCCAGUGGAUUUGAGCAAAACCCUUUUCUGCCUAACUGCGAGUAUCAUCUUCAGAACUGCCUUCGGACAGAGUUUCUUGGAGAACAAGCAUAUCGAUAAGGAAAGGAUCGAAGAACUGAUGCUUGAAGCUCACAGUAACAUGACUUUCAAUUUAACUGAUAUGUUCCCCACUGCUGGUCUUGGAUGGUUUAUGGACUUUGUGUCCGGGCAACAUAAGAGACUUCAUGAUGUUUUCACUGAGGUUGAUACUUUUCUUAACCAUAUAAUAGAUGAUCAUCAAUCCAAGAACUUCACACAAGAUCGUCCUGAUUUCAUCGAUUACCUCUUAGAAAUGAUACCUAAACAAGAACAAAAUGAAUCUAAUUUCAACCUCACAAUUGAUCAACUCAAAGGCCUCAUCCAAGGUAUAUAUCUUGCUGGAGUAGACACAAGCUCCAUCACCAUGAUUUGGACGAUGGCAGAGCUCGUUAGAAACCCUAGAGUGAUGAAAAAAGUACAAGAUGAGAUCCAAAAUUGCAUUGGAACCAAAUACAAGGAGAGAAUAACAGAAGAGGAUCUCAAAAAGCUUCAAUACUUGAAGCUUGUGGUGCAAGAAAGCUUGAGACUACACCCACCAGUUCCUCUAUUACUCCCAAGAGAAACAAUGAGUCAAAUCAAGAUUCAAGGCUAUGACAUUCCACCAAAAACCAUUCUAGUGGUUAAUGCUUGGUCGAUAGGUCGUGAUCCUAAACACUGGAAAGAUCCAGAGGAGUUUAUUCCAGAGAGGUUUAUCGAUUGCCCUGUAGAUUACAAGGGACAUAGCUUUGAGAUGUUACCAUUUGGUUCUGGACGGAGGAUGUGUCCAGGUAUGGCUUCAGGGAUUGCUACUAUUGAACUGGGACUCCUGAAGUUGCUUUACUACUUUGAUUGGGGAUUGCCUGAGGAGAAGAAAGAGAUGGACAUGGAGGAAGCUGGUGUUCUUACUAUUGUUAAAAAAGUUCCUCUUGAGCUUCUUCCCAUUCUUCGUCAGUGAUGGGGUCAAAGAGUCUUUGAGUACAAGAAGUUGAACUGUGUAAAUAUACUUCAGACUAGAUUUGUGUUGUGUUUUUAAGGAUAAAACUUGGGGGGCAAACUAAAGUUUUAUUUUGCUAAAAAUGGUUUGAUGCACUGGUUUGUAUCUGGAUGUUCUAUUGUAUCUAGUUUUAACAUCCACAUGUAUCAUCCAUAUUCAGUAUUCAGAAUUUUAUUUUUAGAAC